AGGGCUUUCUCCUAACUGAAGGAGACCAUGUCCAGGUCAAGACUGAUUUGUGCUUGUCUCCUGCCAUUAGUAUAUCUUCUCCUUGGCGUAGAUGGAUAUUGCCAGUACAGAUGGAUACGAUGCUACUCCAACUCGAUGAGUUUGACAGACAUGGUGUUUGUAGAGUCGUACUUUUAUAAUAAAAUGGAAUUCCUAGUAUUUAACAGCACCGUUGGUAGGUAUGUCGGCUAUUCAGAUUUUGGAAUGGCUCUAGCACAUCAAAAGAAUGAAGAUAAACACCUUCUGCCUUAUGAGCAGGGCUCUGUGGACAGACUCUGCAAAGUCAAUGCUCUUGUCUACAAAAGCCAUGGAAUGGACAAAACAAUGGAGCCCAGCGUAAAUCUGAAUUUGGUGAGGCCAGUCAGUAGCAAUCAUGUCGCCAUGCUGAUGUGCAGUGCCUACAACUUCUACCCACGAAUGAUCCGCGUGACCUGGUACAGAGACGGCCAGAAGGUGACCAGUGAUGUCUCAGCCACGGAGGAGCUAGCGGAUGGAGACUGGUUCUACCAGAUCCACUCCCACCUGGAGUUCACCCCCAAAGCUGGAGAGAAGAUCUCCUGUGUGGUGGAGCAUGCUAGCUUCAAGGAGCCCAGGGAGUUUGUCUGGGACUCCUCCAUGCCCAAGGCUGAGAGGAAUAAGAUUGCCAUUGGGGCCGCUGGCCUGCUGCUGGGACUGGUGGUCUGUGCUGCUGGACUGCUGUACUACAGGAAGACAUCAAGAGGCUGGAUCUUGGCUCCUCAAAGAUCAACCCCUACUCAUUGACGGCAUAUUUCAUGUUCCUCCUCAUCCUCCAGUGCUUCCUUUACAUGUGCCAUCAUUGCCAAUCAAACAUUAUGACUAAACAUUUUAUUCAGUUUCUUCGAUGCAUACCAACUCUGGAGUGGAAGUCUGAGUAAGCACUGAUCUAACAGUUCCCAAAGUCUAAAGUGUCUUUCUUGUGUGUUUAAUUUCCUGCAGUGUUCAAAUCUGUUACAUUCUUUGUAAACCUUACAUCUAUAUGCC